AACCUAGCCUAUGCAUCUAUAUUUGUGUCUAUAUAUAUGUGUGUGUGUGGGUGAAUUUUUGUGUGCAGACAUUCAGGCACAAGCCAGAGCUUGAAGAAGCAGCCGAGCAAAAGAAGUUGGAUGAAAUAGAAGUUGGAUUUUUGAAGCUGAGACAUGGCUGAUCACUUCUUACAAAACCUGAAACAGUCUUUUUCUUUAGCCGACCUGGAUCCAAUCAUUGAUUCCAUGUACCAUUUUCCAGGGAUGCAUCCGGGCCUGUCUGGCUUGAAUUCACUCAGCCUGAUGGGAUUUCCUCAGGACAACAUAGUUCCUAAGCUGCCACCUGAUUGCCCUAGAAACCUGGAAACUUUACCUGGAUGGUUUGUCCACCAGGACAACUGGACUAUGAUUCCCCCUGUCCAGGAGCCUCCCAUUGUCUCCACUGACAAUGAUCUUGCAGGCAGGAAAAGGAAAGGUGUAUUGGAAAUCAGCACCCCGGAAUGCAGCCCUGCCAACAGCUCGACCUAUUCAUCGCGGAAGGGAUCGAAGACUAGUCAUGCCAGAAGGGGGAAGAAAGUGAAAGUUGAAGACGAGAAACCGAGAGAAGUGAUUCAUGUGAGGGCGAAAAGAGGCCAAGCAACUGAUAGCCAUAGUUUAGCAGAAAGAGUAAGAAGAGGGAAAAUCAACGACCGAUUGCGGUGUCUUCAGGACAUCGUGCCCGGAUGCUACAAGACAAUGGGCAUGGCAGUGAUGCUGGAUGAGAUCAUCAAUUAUGUCCAGUGCUUGCAAAAUCAAGUGGAGUUUCUUUCGAUGAAGCUUACUGCUGCAAGCACGUUCUACGACUUCAACUCAGACGCAGAUACCGUUGAGACAAUGCAGAGACCGAAGGCAUUUGAUGCAAUAAAAGUUGAGAGCACAGGAAACCAAGGUAUCACUCCUUCGAUUCAUUUUGGUUCAUCGGGCCCGAAUUUCAGUUGUUAUUCUCAGGUGCCGCGCAGCAGCUGAAUGCUCCCGAUCUUGUCUCUUUGUGUUCUUUCUUCCGUUCAAGUAAACAUGUAUUAGGCGACGAAAGGCUGUAGUAAAAAGAACAACAUAUUAUACACUCAAUUUCAUAGUUCCCAUUGUCCUGAGAAAUCUAUUCAGCUCAUCGAUCCUUUCUUGUUCUGAUCGAUCGGCACGAUUGGCGGAUUUCGAAUCGGAUCAGAUUGGAUUCAUUAAAUGGAAACACAAGACAAUUCUUGAUCUAUAUAACAGGUAGCUAGGCAUUAUUGUAUCUCCAGUUGGUGUUUUAAUUCAGACAGAAAUGUUAAUUUGUGUCGAGAAAUUUGCAGUCCCCAAAUGGGAUGAUGAAUAUAGAGAGAGUGUGUGUGUGUGUGUAUGUAUAUGUAUGAAUAUUGGUAAUAGUUGAUCAAUUAUUGUAUUUGUAGA